GGGGCGCGGCGGGGACUAUGAUGCCUGGGGAGACGCAGCCGCCGCCCGCGGGGACCGCUGCCGCCGUGCCCUGCAAGAACUGCGCCGUUCUCCAGCAGAAUAUAAAUGAAUAUGUAGCUGCGUUAGUUGCACUGAAGCAAAAAAUGAUUCAUGGCGACCGUUUGCUGACGGAGUAUCAACAGAAAUGCACUGAGCUUCAAUUUGCUGAAAGGGAGAUCUCUGCUCUACGUUGUCAAGUGGAACAGAUGCUACAGAAAAUCCUGCCUUUGGAAAAGGAUCAGAAAGAGUUGGGUUCCUUAAAAGCAGAGUUGGAAGAGAAAAAGAGUUCUCUCAAGAUUUAUCAGGAGAGCCAACUGGAAUGUGUUAGACUUAAAGAAGAAAUAGUUAGAAGUGAUGCUGUGAGAAAGAAACUGGAAGCAAAAGUGAAAAAACUUGAAGAGGCUGCCACAAAACAUACACAAGACUUCAAACAACUGAAAAUUGAGAAGAAAAAACUUGAGAAAGAGUUAAAGAAGGCACAGGGAAAACUUGAUGGUGUACCUAAAGAGAAGUGCAGGAAGGCAGUUAAACAUGCAGAGACCCAGAGUACAAAUGAAGUUCUUGCAGCAGAUAUAGAUAAAGAAAAAAUAAAAUUCUUGUUGGAAGAACUCUGGAUGUGCAUUGACAGUGCAAAAGAGAAAGGAGAGAAGCAGGAAAAUGAUCCCAUCUUGGUUUCUGCUCAGGACAAGGCAUGGCCUGGGAAAAGAAGGCUGUCUGUUACAAAAGAAACUGUACAGACCCACCAAAAGAACGGGAAGCAUGGUGGUAAAACACUGCCUUGGCAUUCUUCAAUAGGAAGUGCUGGAAAGCAAAAUUCUGUAACAGCUCUGCAACAAGUGGAUACUGAGCCUCUUGGAAGUGACUGUCUUGAGAACAGGACUACUGAAGAUUAUCUGCAAGGUUGUGAGGAUAAAACUAGAGAUGUGAUAGUGCAGAGAGAUGGAACGCACAAUAGUUCAGCCUUAUCUGAUCAGGAGCAAAAGGGCCAAGGUGGAAAUGUGAUGGAUAUAUUGAACUGGGUCAGGCCUCUCCCUGCUCUACUUUCUCCAGUACGGCUUUCACCAGUAGCUACACAGGAUACGUUGUUCGGAGAGCUCACAGGUUCUAGCGAUGAAGAAAUGGAUUGCAUUGCUUCUGCAGAGGAGUGUAUCUUACAAGAAGACCAAGUUCAGUCUCAAAAUUGUUAUAAUGUAUUCAAACAGAAUGAAGAAUGUAACAGAUGGAACAAACCACGUGGGCAUAGUCUUGAUACAGAAAUUUCGUAUAACUUGAGUAGAACAGAAAAGAUUGUUCAUAUCAGCCCUGCGACGUUAAUCAAAGAGGAGAGAAAUACAAAGCAAUGUGAAGUUGCUACUUCAGUUACAAAUAUAGAAUCUAAUAGAGAUUGUUUGGAGAAUUCUGAGAAUAUGGAAGCUGUGAAGAGAGAUCUAAUGGAAGCAACAGCAUGUGAAUUGGAAGCCGAAGAAGAACAGAAAGGAGAUAUCAAGGAGAUGCACAAGGAAGAAAAGGCCUCUUCAAUUCAUUCUAUGCUACACAGUUUCAACCUUCAGAAUCAAAUAGAAAGAAGUGGUGAGGUUGAGCAAACAGAGGUGAAUGCAGUCUUAAUCAGAGCUGGUGGUUACAACAGUGCACAUGAAAAGUAUGGAGAGAUAAUGAAAGCGGAGCAUGAAAGAGAAAUUCCCAAGGCAGUAACCAUUCCUCAGAACGUUACUAAUUUGCCUCCUGAACAAUACCAUGUUGUACUUCAAAGAAAAGAUUCUGAGGAGAAAUCUGGUAUGUUGAUAGAGAGUGAAGUGGUUGAAAAUGAACGCAAGGAUGCAAUAAGGAUAACCAAUACAGCAAUUAAUGUUGAGGAAAAUAUCAAACAAGUGGUAAGUGGAGAGGAAGCAGCAGCUACAAUACAGAUGCAAGGGCUCUGUGCAGAGCCUAACAAUGGGAGAGAGCUCUCUGAAAAUGUAUUGUACAAUUUCAGUAGCUCUAAAUCCUCCUGUGAAGCCAAGCGUCCUGAAGACCUAAUAAUACAGUAUGAUGGUGAGGGAAUAGUUAUGGAGACUGACGUAUGCACUGAAUCUACUGUUCACUCUCAGUGCUCUGAAAUAAGACAUGACAGUGAAAAGAUACUGGAGGAACAAUGCAAACAUACACUAAAGUGUGAAAUAGUCAGAAAAUGUGAACUGGAGACACCUGAGGUCUCUCAGUGUUACUCACCUGUGUCUGCUGUUGAAGGAGUUGAACAUUCACUGUACAUGGAUGAUACAGAGAAAAAAGCAUGUGUGGUGGGAAGUGCUUCAUUGGCCUUUCCAGAAGAUGAUGGACAGCUCAAAAUUCAAGACAAAAAUAUAAUCAGACCCAAAUCUGUUGAACAAACUAUGAAAUUGAACAAAGAAAGUGUUCUUGAAAUAGCUGAAUCAUCAGGGCUACUCCAUAGUGCAGAAAAUGGAAAAUUACUGUAUGAAAAGGAAAGGGAAGGUUUGGAAGGUAAAAAUCAUCAGGAAGAAAGUUUCAGUCAUUUUUUCCAAGGGAAGUCAAAUUUGGAAAGUAUACCUGCAGUGCCAAAGAUGGCAUGUGUUACUGAUGCAGAAAGUGGCGUAGCUAAGUGUGAAUCAUUUGUGUUGGAUUCUACAGAAAGAAAUGGUGAAAUAAAUCAACCUGAAAAUCUGUGUAGUACCAUAGAAUGUGAGUUGUCCAAAACUCAGAACUUUGGAGUGAUUGAAUCUCAAGAGUCUGAAUUCAAAGUUAAUCAAGAAGAUUUUAUAGGGGAUAGUAGUAAACUGUUAGAAAAAGUGGAUACCAUCCAAUCUGUCUUAGUAGAAAGUAAUCUUACUUCUCAAACACAAUUUGCAGAACCUCAGAAUCAGUUCUUGAUGACUACAGAUGCUAAAUGUGAUGAAACAAAAGCAGAAUUAAACAAACAAAGCAAGGAAUUGAUUGAAGCCUGUCCCAGUUCAUUUAAGGAGGAAAAGAAUGUUGUGAAAAAAAAUAAUGUUUCAGAGAUCAUACAAGAGCCUUCUUCAGAAAUGGAUUUUAGUAGUGGCUUUGCUCUGUGUUCUCAGAUGGACUUGAAGACAGACUGUAUGAAUUCUAAAGAAACAGGUUCCCCUAUUCAAGUGAGAAAUGGUUUGGAAUCUACAGUGCCUAGUGGUCUAAAUUUCAGUCUUCAGAAAGUUGUGAGAGUUGUUGAAACUGAUUUCACAAAAAAUUCUGAUUUUUCCCCUACAUGGAAAAAAAAAGGAGACAAAAAUUGCAUUGUGAGUAGUGCAUUUAAUUGUUCUUUAGAAGGCUUUAAGAAAGGUGCUGAGGUCAUGUCUUCUGAAAAAGAUAACAUGUGCAAAGAACUGGACCCCUGCUCUGAGAAGUACAUACACAAAAAUGAAGGGGGAGUUCCAGGUGAGAAGGAGUUGCCAAUAGAUAAAGUACCCGAGACCUCUGUUGAAUUACAAAUCCUGCAUGCAGACUCUCAUAAAAAGAGUACUUCAACUUUACAAAACAUUAUUUGUCAAGAAUCGGAAUGCAAGACUUCUACUUGGGAAACUAGAACAGAUUCUUCUAGAACUUGUUCAAUAACAGCUGGGGAGGAAAGCAAAGGGUUGAAUAGGCUUGAGGCACCUGAGGAAAAUAGCGUUGAAAGGUCUGAAAAUGCCUUUGAUGUUGCAGAGCAGAGUAAUGAAUCUAAGGAGAAGGACUGUCCUCUACAAAAAGUCCAAUGUGUGAAAUGUUCUGAAUGUGUUGCCAAGCUCAGAAAGGAACUGAGAGCAUCAACAAGAAUUUUAGUGGAUGCUCUGGAAACUGGUGCAAUUGUUGAUGCUGGUGACCAACUGUGUGAACUUCAUUCAACAACGCAGUCAGGAAAUACAGUGACAGGUAGUCAUCUAAAACCAGAUGCAGGAAUGGAUAUGGAUAUACAUUGUGAAAGAGGCUCUUCUCCAAAUGCGGCAAGUGAGAAGUCAGGUGAGGUUGAGGAGGGUUAUCCUAAAGACUAUUCUACUUUGAAAAGAAGAUGUACAUUAUUAGCCUCUGAAAAUACUGAUGGUGCUAGUGAAUUCAGCAUAGAUAAUAGCACAACUGGAUGGAUGAACGACAGUAGGGAAGAUCUGUUAGAAACUGGGACAUCCAAAGGAAGCCCUGUGAUGCUGAGUGCUUCAAAAAGUAGAUUACCACUAUGCCAGAUGUUAACCACAUUCUCAGAAGCUUACAAAAUAGCUGUAAAACACAGUAAAUUAAAUACAAGAAUGUUAGCACUUGGCGAUGUCAUAGAAGAAAAUUAUUCUGAGAAGUUUGAGUCAAAUGUGCAACAAAAAUUACCACACAGUGUUGAUAUGGACAUUUCAAUUUUUGAAGAAUAUAAUCAUAAUCAGAAUUGCUCUGCUUGCAACUCAGGAGAACAUAACGCUAAUUUAAUGUUAGAUGGGUUACAGCCUUCUUGUUGUUUUAGUGGUACAACGUGGAAAGGCUUUCUGGAUAAUGGAAGAAAAAACUUCAUUGUUAAGUAUUUUGCAAAUCCAGCCCUAUCUGACAUAGACUGUAAUUCUCAAAUGGUUAAUCAGGCUCCUAAGCCACAAAAAGUGGCAUUUGAGGACUCAUGUAUGCUGGAGUCAGAGUCUUGUGUGGAUGUUGCUCUUAAAAAGACUAAUACAUUGAAGUGCAAAGGGCAAGAACAGUCAGAAGUCUUGAGUGUUUCAACCAAGGCAGCUGUCCAAGUAGUGCAUGGCAGACUAUCAAAAAAACUGUUUCAAGGUAAAAGCAAAACAAAUGCUCUUGAAGUUAAAGUAACUGAGCCAGUUCUUGCAAAUGCUGACACUUCUAUGCCAACAAAAAGUUUAUCUGAGACUAUAAACAAAAUCAGGCAAGAGAUGGGCCCUCCUCUGCCGCCCCUGCUGCUGCCUUUGAUUGCUACUCCUCCAAGAGCCACUACCUGUUCUAUGGGCCCAGUGAUGUCUUCUGCUGAUCGAUCCUCUUUGCUUUCCCCUCUUGAUGAACUGAUAUCGCCUCUACGUGAAUCCCCUGUUCCUCCUCUGAUGUCUCCCCUGACAGAUACUCCAACAGUCAAAUCUGCCCUUCUGUUUUCCUCUCCAUCACCUUCAGAAAUGGCAGUAGGUAAAAGGAUUCUCUCCUCACCUUUGCAGUUUUGUACUUCUAUUCCAAAGCACGCGCUUCCUGUCCCAGGAAGACUUCCUCUGUGCGCAACAGAUGGUGCUGCUACUGGUGCUCCUCAGGAGAACUCUGUGAAAAUAUUGGACACUAUGUAUCCAGAGCUAUCUGCAAGGGCAAGGACAUUAAACAUUCUAAAGGGCAAUAUUCAGCUUAACCUGUGUGCUCUUUCAGAUAGCCAGAGUUCCCCUGGACCUGUGGCUCAAAUAGGCAGUUUCAAAACAAUAGCAUCUACAUCAACUGCUUUUGUUAAAACUGGGAGCAAUUUGAAGUCUGACGAUAGCAAAGAUCAGGACACAAAUGUGAAAAAUCAGCAAUUGAUUUCAAGCUCAUCAAGUCGUCUUGAAAAAAGGACGUUAUUGCCAGUACCUAUGCCUCGAAGUGCAAAGAGGCUGAGGUUAGACAGUGAACCACCAAAGCUGGAGCCCACUGGUAUUGCUGUUAUCGGAAACGAUCAAAAUAUGGACUCUGAAAUAGAGGAGAAUUCCGAUGACAAGAGCUGUGAAAUCAGUGAUUCAGCACACGGUUCCAGUUUAGAAACAUCUUUCCCAGUAAAGCAAAUCAUUGAUCCUGACUGCCAGAAAGUUGAGUUGGCAUUGAAGAAAAUUGCUGAAUCCUGCUUUGACUUGUUACCAGUAAUUCAAAGUCAUUUGGGCAAUAUCUCAAAGAUUCCAAUAAUGAGAGAUGAAGAGAAAGAAGUUGUCAAUGAAUUUGGUAUAAAAAACAGGCAUUUAGCGGAGUCAUUGCUGCACGUUAUUCUCAAUAAACUCAAGGCUCAGAAAAUGGCCUCGACUUACAGUUUCAAUCAAGCUCUUUGUCGAGUUUAUACAGGAGUUUGUCGACAGCUGGGAGAUUUGGAAAGAGCCCGCCUCUUCUGCUAUAGCUUACUGAAAGAAGACUUUCCAGACUCAGUGAAAUUGAUUAUAUUCAUCACAAAUAUAUGGCCUGACAUAUUUUUCUUCCAAGGUGCAAUCAACAAAGCUAUGCAAUUAAUUAUCAGGCAGAAUGCAAAUGACAGUGUCCUGGCCUGUUUGAAUGCCUGUCUCAGCUGGGAGCAGGGUUCAUCUUCAGAUGCUGGUAUUAUGGUCUCAAACCUGCUUUUAGAAAUGCAGUCAUGUCCAAAGGUAGAAUUUCAGCUGAAUGAGCAGUAUGGAGAAGAUCUGAGUGACGAUGCUUGGCAGUACAUAUUUGCUAUUGAUCUACUUUGCUCUCACCUUAAAUGGGAUUGGACACAUGACAAUGUUAUAAGCAAAGUGCUUUGGCCUUCUAUGGAUAAAUGGAUAAAGAAGAGAAAAGACCGUGAAACUGCACUAUCUGUUCCUGACAGUAUUAUAGCAUUGACACUCAGGCUAAUUGGUCGCUUGGGACAAAUAGGUUUGAAGGAAGGAUAUCUUUCUGCUGUGAAGAAUAUUAGUUCUGUAAUUGGACUGUUUGUACAGCAUGCAAAAGAGGAAGAUGUUCCAUGGGGUGUGCAGCUGGCAGCCAUAUAUUCACUGUGCGACUUGGGUUCAAGCAAUCCAUCCGGUAUUGUUGGGGCCAUCCAUGCUUGGAAAGCUACAGUUCUUAACAGCAUCCCUUUUGCGGUCACAAGAGGCCUAGCUGAAGUCAGUUCUUUGUGUAAAAUGGACCUACCCUAAAGUGUAGUUAAAUGGUCCUGUCUGAAGAAGUGCCUUACUUUACUAAGCAGAAAUUGGUUCCAGAUAAGAGCAAUACAGAGUGGUGUCUUCUUCUUAAAAGAAUGUCUGGUCAUACAAAGCAAGCUUAACUGUUUUAUUUGGCUUUUCUGCUUGAGGGCAGAGUUUUAAAAGGAGUAAAAAGGCUUGCAUUUCCAAAUAACUCAUCAGUGAUCUUGAAAACCAGUAUGGUUUUGAUUUCCAAGACAUUUCUGGCGUAAUGUCAAUAAUAAUCAGUAGUUCAAUUUGGAGCAUGGGCAUUUCGCUACAGCAGAAGAUUGAGCUUGGCUGAAACUUGGCUCUAUUCUUUUGUAUUAUAUUUGUAAAGUAGCUGUUCAGAUAGCAGAAUUUUGCCCAGAUUCUGCUUUGUGUUCCUUGAGUAAUUUCAUCAACUUAAUAUUAAAUACUUGUGUAAAGGAGGUAGAACUUGUGUUACAGUCACUUAUAGAGUAACAGAGGUAUGAAAUCUCUGAACUUGUAUAUAUGGUAUAUCCCGAUAAUGUGUUUUUUACAUUUGAUAUUGUUCCACUUGGGGAAUUUUGUGAAUGUAAAUAGAAAGUUGGUUCAGAAGAAGUUUAAACUUCUAAUGAUAGCUUCACUACACUCUGCAUUUUUAUAUCUUCCAUAAUAAAAGAAGCAAACACUGUUA